AUGUCGGUGGCUGGUGAUGAUGUUGGUGUCUCUUCGAACGGGAUGGCUAUACAAGUAUUCCGCCCUACAUGGGAGGAAUUCAAAGAUUUCAACAAGUAUAUCCAAUACAUGGAAUCGAAGGGUGCUCACAAGGCAGGGCUCGCUAAAGUGAUUCCUCCGCCGGAGUGGGUGCCUCGUAAGUCUGGGUACGACCUAGACCAGCUGAACGUGACGAUCCCGUCGCCUAUAUGCCAGGUAGUGACUGGCAAGCAAGGUUUGUUCCAACAAAUUAAUAUACAGAAAAAGGCCAUGACUGUGAAGCAAUUCGCCGUGAUGGCGAACUCUGCGAAGUACUGCACGCCUCGUCACACCGGCUAUGACGACUUGGAAAGGAAAUAUUGGAAGAAUGUCACUUAUGUGGCUCCUAUAUACGGAGCCGACGUGAACGGCAGCAUCACAGACCCUGACGUAAAGGAGUGGAACAUCAACAGCUUAGGCACAAUCCUUGAUUUCGUAAACUCUGACUAUGGCAUAGAAAUCGACGGAGUUAACACUGCUUACCUUUAUUUUGAACAUGGGAAAAGGUUUGAAAGAAUCGCUUCCGGUUUCUUCCCGACUUCAGCUAAAACUUGCCAGGCUUUCCUAAGACACAAGAUGACUUUGAUAUCCCCUCAAAUCCUCAAGCAAUAUUCAGUUCCUAUUAAUAAGAUUACACAAGAAGCCGGCGAGAUUAUGAUUACAUUUCCUUAUGGUUAUCAUGCCGGUUUCAAUCAUGGUUUUAAUUGUGCUGAAUCUACAAAUUUUGCCGCUCCUAGAUGGGUGGAAUAUGGCAAACGAGCUACUCAAUGUACCUGCAGUAAUGAUAUGGUUAAGAUUUCAAUGGAUACCUUUGUCAAACGGUUCCAACCUGAUCGUUAUGAAUUAUGGUUAAAAGGACAAGAUAUUGGUUGUCACCCAGAACAGCCAGAGAAAAUGGUUCCUGCUCCUCAUCCUUCUGGCCAAGAUAUUUUAUGUAAUAAAAAUAAUACUGAACUACCAGAAUCGUUUAUUGCGGCUGAGGAAGAAGGGCUUAAGAAAAAGAAGAGGCAUCCUCUUCAUUUGAAGCGAGCAAUGGCUAGUAAAAGUAUAUCAGAAGGUGCCAUCGCUGUCUCAAUCCUUGGCCACGAUGUUAUGGAUGAUGAUGAGAUGACUAUGGCUGAAGGUGACUUAGACAUGAUGACUUCAAUGAAGCGCCCUAUAAUGCCUCUACAACCAGAUGAAACCCAACUCGAUGCUCUCGAAGAUAUUUGGCUAAAAGGAGAUGAAAUGGACCCUUCCGAAGCUCAGCUUCCAGAUGUAGGCUACAUGGAUUCUGACAAAGAUUCAGACUAUGAAGCACCAAAAAAUAGAAAGAAUUCUAAAACACGGAAAAAGCGUAAAGAUAGCAUCAAAAAAGAAGGAAAAGUCAAGAAAGAAGUUAAAGAUGAAGGAGACAGUAAACCGAAAGAUGGUGAAGAAGAAAAACAAACAGAGAAAGAAAAAGACUCGACUACGGAGAAAAAGAAGGCGUUUGUACAGAGGAGAGGCAAAAAGGUGAAAUCAAAGAAACUUUCCGAGGAACAACUUGAAACUAUGGCUGCUCUAGUCUCUAAUUGGGAAUCUCCUCCACAUGUUGAAGAGGAAAUCCCGAUAUUCAAACCUGCACCAGAUAUCGUUGAUCCUCUGACCACAGGCACUAGUGACACUACAGCCCAACCACCACCACAGACCUCUACCCUUCCAAGCACAGUAGCUACGCCAGUCGUCAUUAAAAAAGAAACCAAAAAACGAAAAUCGCCUAAAACUGAUACUGAGAAAGUUGAUAAACCUAAGAAAGAGAGAAAGAAGAGAGAGCCAAAACCUAAGAACCCAGACGCUCCUGUGAAGGAGAAGAAGCCACGAAAACCUAGGACACCUAAGAAGAUACCCAGUACUUAUGAGUACAGCUCUCCAGUCGAGCCUGUGAUGUCCAGACCACAUCAGUCCUACAAACCGGCGACAGUCACGAAGCCUGCCUACCAAAUGACGGACAUGACACUCCCUUCUCCAUCUAAGUCAUUAUCACCACCAAAACCUGUUACUCCUGGGCCAAAACCUGAAAAGACCUACUCUGCCAUACUUUUAGACCCUAGUUUACGGGUCCCGAAAGUUAUACCACCCUUAAAUAAGAAUCCUAGUGCGUUUGAAGGGGAGUUCCAUAAGUUUAUGACCAAGAAGACCGAAUCUCCGCCCCACCCUCAUAGACCGUCCGUACCGCGGAGACCUACGCUUAAAGCUUCACCGCCAAAUACUAAAGUAAUUGUCGAGAGCGUUGAGUCUCCUCCAGUACCGCAAAGAGAACAUGAAUGGUCAAUGCCGGUCGGACAAUAUAACGAUUCAAUAUUCGUUAACUCACCUUUAGACUAUAGGACGUACACCGGAUCUGGUAUGCAAAGGUUACAGCCUCCAGCCGACAGAAGUCAAUGGAGACCAGAUCUGUACCAGCAGAAUCCUAUGCCCAGUCCCCAUAUGCCCAAUUCUCAUAUGCCUAAUUCCCCCACGCCUCCCAUGUACUCCCAAAUGACAAAUAAUUACUUUAGGAGUCCAUACCAGUCACCAUGGCAAUACGGUUAUCAGAAAUAA